CCACGCGGGUGCAGCAGUACUUCCUCAACGUCCAGAACCGCCUCAACAGCCUUAUGCCUCAAGAUGCCUAAGAAACAACAACAACAGCAAAAACAGAAGCAAGACAAGAAUCAGCAUGACGUGGAACUGAACCGGCUCGUCCGGCCCUCCCCUCUCUCUCCUGCUCAUCUCCGGUCCCGCUCCCCGUCUCCAUCCUCCCUCAACGGCAGCACCCUCGAGUUGCCCAAUGUGCCAUCCUACCCGCGCCUGCCGCCAAUCGUCAGCUCCCCCUCAAAGCAGCUCAACUCAGCGUCCUGCCAGCUCUCAGGUCUCUCUAACCCGGCGUUCUUCAUAGAAGACGACUCAGACAUUCCAGCAAUAAGAGCUGCAGAGAGCUCUAGCCUCAGCCUUCGGCCAGCUGUCAAUGUAGAAGAUGUCGACUCCGACCAUGAGAGAGGAGGUGAAAGAGGAGCAGGAGGAGGUGGGGAGGGUCAGAGCCAUGUCCCCCAAAUCCUCGGCCCCCAGGACCCCAAAAUCACAACCCUCACUGUCCCUGUGACCCCUUCAGGAUGUCGCCAAAGCAAAGGAGACAAAGACAGUGGGAGGAAUCGUAUAUGGACUAAGAUUAGGACCCUUCACUCUCAAAGUGAAGAUGAUGAUGAAGAAGGAAGCACCCACGUCAGAGCCUGGCCCAGCCAGUCCAGCCUGCACAGCUCAGAAGACAUAAUGAGAGAGCGGCCAGCAUCGUCGGCCAGUCAGACCAGUACGGUGGUGAAUGAGCGUCUCCAGGAGCUGGUCCGGAUGUUUAAAGACAGAACGGAGAAGGCGAAGGAGAAACUCAUAGACCUGGACAGCUCUGAUGAAGACAGCAUCGUCCCCUCUCCUCCUCAGACUUCGACUGCUCAGCCUGAAGCUCAGCCAGUGGUCGGAGGAGAGAAGGAGGAAGAGGCAGGCCCCUCAGGAGGAAGAGGAGGAGGAGGAGUGGAGAGUGGAGUGGAGGAGCAGCAGUCUGGCCGCUGCUGCAAGGUGAAAGCUCCUCGGUGGAUACUCGCUUGUGUGCACUACCGCUUCCCUGCCAGCAUCGACCCUUUCACCAACUUGAUGUACGUGCUGUGGAUGUUUUUGGUCUCUUUUGCGUGGAACUGGAACGCUUGGUUCAUCCCGGUGCGCUGGGCCUUCCCCUACCAGACCCCCGACAACAUUUACUACUGGCUGCUGACCGACUACCUGUGUGACCUCAUCUACAUCCUGGACAUGACCAUCUUUCAGCCGCGCCUGCAGUUCGUCCGUGGAGGAGACAUAGUGUGUGACAAAAAAGAGAUGAGAAAGAAUUACAUGAAAACCAAACGCUUCAAGUUUGACUUAGCCAGCCUUGUUCCCCUGGAGAUCUUCUAUUUUAAAACUGGCAUCAACCCUCUGCUUCGUUUACCCCGGCUGCUGAAGAUAAACUCCUUCUUUGAGUUCAACGAGCGUCUAGAGGCCAUCUUGACCAAAGCCUACAUCUACAGGGUGAUCCGCACCACCACCUACCUUCUCUACUGUCUCCACUGUAAUGCCUGCCUGUACUACUGGGGCUCUGCCUACACAGGGCUGGGCUCCACACAGUGGGUGUACAACGGCAAAGGCAACAGUUACAUUCGCUGUUACUACUUUGCUGUGAAGACCCUGAUCACCAUUGGUGGUCUGCCGGACCCCACCACCCUGUUCGAGAUUGUCUUUCAACUCAUCAACUACUUUGUUGGAGUCUUUGCCUUCUCAAUAAUGAUUGGACAGAUGCGUGAUGUGGUCGGCGCAGCCACUUCAGGUCAGACUUACUACCGCACAUGUAUGGACAACACCAUUAAAUACAUGUCCUCAUAUCGCAUCCCCAAAGACGUGCAGAACCGUGUCAAAACCUGGUACAACUACACCUGGCAAUCACAAGGCAUGCUGGAUGAGCAGGAGCUGCUGACUCAGCUGCCAGAUAAAAUGCGUCUGGACAUCGCUAUUGAUGUCAACUACUCCAUCGUCAGCAAAGUCGCUCUUUUUCAGGGUUGUGACAGACAGAUGAUCUUUGAUAUGCUGAAAAGCCUUCGCUCAGUUGUCUACCUGCCUGGGGAUUAUGUCUGCAAAAAGGGGGAGGUGGGUCGUGAGAUGUACAUCAUAAAGGCGGGGGAGGUGCAGGUGGUCGGGGGACCGGAUGGAAGGACCGUGUUUGUCACCCUCAGAGCGGGAUCAGUCUUCGGGGAGAUCAGUUUGCUUGCAGUGGGUGGGGGUAACCGGCGCACAGCAAAUGUUAUCGCUCAUGGAUUUGCCAACCUCUUCAUCCUGGACAAGAAAGACCUGAAUGAGAUCCUGGUGCACUACCCAGAGUCCAAGAAACUGCUCCGCAAGAAGGCCAGGAAGAUGCUUACCAAGGGAAAGAAACCUGAGCCCAAAGAAGAGCCUAAAGGUCCCCCUCAGGCCCCGGCAGCCCCUGUAAGACCGGAAACCCCCAAACUGCUGAGAGCAGCCCUGGAGAUGGCAGAGAGAUCCACAGGACUUAAAGGAGCUCUGGCUAAAGUCAAAGAGAAGACCAACAAGUCCAGUGUCUCAUUACAGCCCUCCGUCUGCUCCUCCCUGCCUCCUCCAUCUCCCUCCUGCAGCUCCGGCCCUGACAGAGACGAGGACACACCGUCACCUCUCUCCACCAGCUCUGCCACAUUUCGCUCUGCCUCCCGUUGCUGCAACAACAACAACAACAACAACUCUGCGAUGCCUCACUCUGCGUCACAGUGCCACGGCGAUUCGGAGGAAAUGCUCACAAUGGACCAAGGAGAGGAGAGUGUGAGCGAAACUGAAGGGAACGAGGGUAGGAAGAGGAAAGAAAAAAAGUUGUGAUAAUUAUUUAAAGGACAACGCAAGAACUGGAUAACAAUCCUGAAUAGGAGAGGGGAAAUUGGUGUGAUGGAAAUAGACAUCGCUUUAAAGGGGCCCUAUCAUGCAUUUAUGAGCUCUGGUUUCAGGCAGAGGGUGAAAAGAGAUGCU